GUGUAUGAGGAUAGAGAGUUGAAAUAACAGAAAGAGACUCCAAAAUCAAAGAACGACAGAAGAAAAAAGAAAUCACAACUCACAUCCUCCAAACUCCCCUCCUCACCCUGAACCUCUCUCAAAAGUCUCUCUCCCAAAACCCCCGCCGCCAUCUUCCUCCUCUCCUCUCCACUUCCCUCUUUUCCCCCCUUCUCUACAACACCCUACCCCCUUUAACCCACCCAAAGAAAUGGCCCCCCCAACCGAGCUCUUCCCCUCAACCCAGCUUCCCCUCCGCGCACAAACCUCCCUCACAGGCACGAAACGGAAAGGCUUCAACGGCGAUCUAAAAGCGUGCGAAUUCCUGGAGAUGCUGCAGUAUUCGUGUGAGGUCUCAGGCGGUGGCGGGAAGACGGAGAGGAGUAGGGAGCAGAGGGUGAGGUGUUGGCCUGUGGAGAGGUUUUUUAGACGGUAUGUUUGUUUGUUUGUUUGUUUGUUUGUGUGGUGGUGGUGGGGGUUGGUGAGGUGGGAGGUGGACGCCAUGACGGGAUGGGAUGGUGUCUUAUAACUUUUCCGACUCAUCUAUAAUUUUUCUUCUUCUUUCUCCUUCCUCCUCCCUUCUCCCCCCUCCCUUUCCCAAUCCUUCGACUAACUUCAAACCCCAGAUGUCAUGAUCAAAAAGGCCUAUUCAUGGUAGAAACCACAGCUUGGGAAGGGAAGGAGAAGAGAUUCAAAGGUCCAUAAGAGCACCAAACUUCAUUUUUUCAUCCCGACGCAGGUGUAUGAUAUCUUGGGGUUCGGUGUAUUAUAAGUAAGAAUUUCCAGUCAGAGAAGUGAUGGUGGAAUGUUAUUGAUGGUUCUAGAUGAGAUGAGAUGAGAUGAGAUCAAAUUGCUUUCAUUGGGGAGCGAAUGAAGUGUUUUGAUGGGACUUUGGAGUGGUGAAUGAGGAAUUGUAUUUUUAUGAUUUCUUGAUAGUACGUAC